AUGUUUACUUUAUAUGAAAUUGAAAGUGACUUAACUUUUAAAGAUUUAUUGCGCUUGGCUGAUAAUGAAUAUAAAUCAAAUGAAAUAGUUAGAGUUGAGGUUCGUUGCUCUGGAAGUAAUCAAUAUCAUUUUCAUGCAUCUAGAGUAGAUGGUAGUUUACAUGCUUGUGAGCCAAAUUUGUGA